AUGCCCAUGGAUAGGCGUCGCCAAUGCGAGAUCGCCCACCCUUUCACGAAUCCUGUCAGCAGCCCUCCCUUUCCCCAGAUCGACGAAACCAGAUCAGAGGAGGAUUCUCCAGCCCCGUUGCGGGCCCCUUGGCAUGCGCACGCCAGGACAAAAACCCCCUCGCUCGCCUCUUCUUUCCUGCCGCGCGAAGCCGGGAAGGGCAAAAAGCAAGGCCGCGCGUCCGAUAUCUGCGGCUGA